AUGAGUAGGACACUCGCAUCGGCAGUUGUACUGCCCGAACAGGACAACCUCCCCCCAUCCCCGGAUGCUGGUUUGAAGCGAAGGAAUUCCGUUGCAGAAGCCGACUCGGAGAGCAAACGCCGUCGCCUUAGCUCACAACAAGAUCACACGGGCGACCGAUCACCUGCGGAGCGCAAACAAUCUUCCCCAGAUGGAGCGGAACGCAAGCCGGAACGGAGACCCGGCCGAGGUGGACGUGAGGAGGAACGCAAGCGUGGACAACGUCUAUUCGGUGCUUUACUGGGGACGCUUUCGCAGAGCUCGACUUCGGCGGCUCAGAAGCGGCGUGCGGAUAUUGAGCGGAGACAACAGGAUAAGCUUAAGCUACAGGAUGAAGAGUAUGGCGAGUUGAAGAAGAAGAGACGGGAGGAACGGAUCGCUAUCCGGAAGAAGGAGCAGAGACUCUAUGAAGAGGAAUCGGGCUGA